AUGUUCCUCAUCGCAUGUCUCGUCGACAGACACCAUGAGAGUUGGGCAUGCCUUGUCGCAAACAUGGUCGACAACUUCGAGCAGGAUGUGGGAAAGGAGGACCUGAAUGCACAUGGGCUUCUAUGCGACAGCUGCAAGCAGGUUUCUUUUGACUCGGACUCAUCGCCGGAUACCAUAUCGCGAGAGGAGAUAUUGAGCGGCUGUCACCCUCUUGCUCAACGGCUCUCAACCCGCAUCGCUAAGCGUCCAUGUUCACUCGGGCUCCUCACAGAACCAGAGCCAAAGACGGAAGUUGGUAGGAGCUGUUGCCUCCUCUUCGGGUACCUCUGCGACAUCUUCGGAGCCUGUAUACCCAUGGACGUCGAUGGAUGA